CUAGCCCCACCGAGCCCUGUUGGCGCAAACCCGAACCGAACCGAGAGCUCCAAGUUUCGCUGCUGCCUGACCACCGUGGACAUGGCUUCCUCCACCGCCGCCAUCGCCGUCCCCUCGUCCACCACUCUCCCGGAAGCGAAGUCCGCCCGGCCGCAAGUGGCAGCUUCCCCUCAAUGCGUCGGCCUCCCCACCCUCACUCCGGCACCCACCGCAGCCCACAGCCGGCCUCAGAAUCGCGAGGGCUGGAAAUCCAUGGCUUCCUGCAGAAGGAUUGCGAGGAGCGUUAUGGCCAUGGCCACCGGAGAUGCGGUUGCUGAAGUCGGAGCCGACAUUUCAAGCGUGGGCGCGAAUAUUUCGGGCGUGGGCACCGACAUCUCUGACAUCACCAAGAGCAUCGUGGAAGCAUGGGACAAAAUUGAAGACAAGUAUGCGGUCACAUCUCUUGCCGUCGCUGGAGUCGUUGCCCUUGUGGGAGCCUCAGGAGUGAUCUCGGCUGUUGAGCAGUUGCCUUUGGUCCCGGGAGCUCUUGAAGUUGUAGGAAUCGGUUACACUGGGUGGUUCGCCUACCGAAACCUCAUCUAUAAGCCAGACAGGCAAGCAUUGAUUCAGAAGAUCAAGGACACUUGGAAAAAUAUAAUCUGAACUAGUUGUUAAGUACCUUAUACUACGGAAGGAGAGGAAAAAUUUGAGCGAAGGGGCUUUAAGCUGCAAGCAAAGGGCAGUGAGGAUUCUCUCUGCGGGUUUACUUUUUCCAACUUCUGCACAUUGAACUUCCUUAAGCAACAAAAGUAUCAGAGCCCUGUUAUCUUCCUCUCUGCUUAAUUAGUUUCAUGUAACGAUGUAACCUAAGAAUAAACGAUGACCACUCUGUCAUUGAUCGGUCUAUGGCUAACUCUUUCUCUGCUA